UCUCCAUGUUCAUAGGGAAAACUCCCAACACUUGCCCACCCAGUCCCUUCAUGCCUGAGCAAGGCUUUGUUUCUUACAACAUAGUCCUUGAAAUGAGCCCAUCUGAAAAGAAGCCCCAAGCUGGCAAGGCUUAUGCCCAGUUCUCAGUACUGUGGCAAUGCGGGGACCAUGAAGUGGAGGUCCCACUGAGAUUGGGAAAGAGAGGAAUCCCUGAUGGGAUCGUUGGAGGAAGCCAGCCAGCGAAGUGGAAGGAACAUAAUGGGUGAGUGGUGCAGUGACAAACCAAAGGGCUUUUUACACCCUGUGGACUUGGCGUGUAUAUUCUGUGAACCUCAGUAAAGAAUUGGCAUUCUUGCAGCACGAAUAACCCGAGUCGGUGUCUUCUGUUCAAUCCCCCAGGCAUACACCCAGUUCUUGAUACCAUGGUGGUGCAGGUGCUAUCAUGUGCCUGUAUGUUUGGCUGUGUAGUCUAUAUGUGCAAUUCCUUGGAAGACCAGAGAAUAGCAUUGCAUCUUCUGGAAUUGGAGUUAUACAGAUUAGCUGCUACAUGAAUGCUAGGAACCAAGUAAGGUCCUCUGGAAUGACAGUCUCUUAACCACUAAGUCAUCUCUCCAGCUCUUGUUAUCAUUCUUUAAUGUGAAUGGGAUUAGUAGUAAUGCUUACUCAGGGAUUUCUGAUAGAUGUGUCUCAGGUUCAUGUGUUACAAAUCUGGUUGCUAUUGGAAAGAGGUAGGACAUCUCAGGGUAAGGCUAAGUGCAAAGAUGUCAGGUCAUAAGCAGAUCCUGAAGGAGAUUUUGGACUCCCAAAUUCUCUCCUGAGCUCUUCUUUGCUUUAAGGAUGGCAUGAAGUGAACAGACCUCUCCAACACACAUGUCCAUCUUGAAAUGUGGAGCUUCAUAAAUCUAAAGCAACAAGACCAUGCAAAUGUAGACUGAGAUGUCAGACACAGAGUCUCUGAAUUUUCUCAAGCAUUUUGUUGCAGAAAUGGAUAGCUAAAUCCCUUACUUACAGAUCUCUUUUCUCAUACAUGUCAUACCAAGGUAUUUUCUGUUAUUUGUGACUAUUGUGAAGGAUGUCCUUUCCCAAGUUUUUUUCUCAGUGUGUUUAUCCUUUGAGUACAGAAAAGUUACUGGUUUGAGUUAAUUUUCUAUCCAGCCAAUUUGCUGAAAUUGUUUAUCAUGUUUAGAAGUUCUCUCCUAUGAUUUUGGAGUCACUUUGGUAUACUAUUUUAUCACCUGCAAAUACUGAUAUUUUGACUUAUUCCUUUCCAAUUUGUAUCUGUUUGGUUUCUUAUGGUUGUCUAAUUGCUCUGGUUAGGACCUGGAGUACUAUAUUGAGAAGGUAGGGAGAAAGUGGGCAGCCUUUUCUAGUUCCUGAUUUUAGUAGGAUUGCUUCAAGUUUCUCUCCAUGUAUUUAGAUGUUGGCUACUUGUUUUCUGUAUAUUGCCUUUAACUACAUUUAUGUAAGGGCCUUGAGUUCCUGAUCUUUCCAAGACUUUUAUCCUUAAGGGGUGUUGAAUUUUAACAAAUGCUUUCUCAGAAUUUAAUGAGAUAAUCAUGUGGUUUUUUUUCUUUGAGUUUGUUUAUAUAGUGGACUACUGUUGCUCUAUAAUUUUUUUAAAAAGGUUUCUUUUAUCUCACACUAUUGCUGGCACUGUAGGGCCACAUGGCAUCUGUGGGAUAUUUUCAUCUCAGUCAACAAAGCAUCUCACCUGCUAAGUUCCAUCUCAUAUCACACUGCUAAUGGCUACUCUAUAAGCCUGGCAGCAAUCUCCCUACCCAUCUAGUUCCCAAGGCAGGUUGCCAGACAUACACAUCCCAAUUCUGUGGCAGGCCCAUUGUGUCCUGCCACCUCACACUCUCUUGAAUUCAAUUAAAUUACCACAUGAAAGAACACACCACACAAUAACCUCUGAUCCAAUUGAUAAAGAUAAAAUAGCUCAUCUGGACAACACAAAAUACUGCACACAUCCUUCCCUAAUAAAUAGUCAUAACAACCUGUAAAUGUGCAGAGAGAAAUCUUAACAUCAGCCUCCAUGUUCUCUUGUCUGCUCACUCCUCUCAUUCUGGUCUCCUCCCUUUCUAAAACUGUUCUUCCACCCAUUCGUUCUUCCCGUCCUAUGACAGGCAUCAUUCUAUCUUGUACAUGCCAUCACCUGCAUACUGACAUCAAUGUACAGAUUAUGGUGGUGAAUUUCUGCAUAUUGAACCAUCCCUGCCACCCUGGGAUGAAGCCUACUUGAUCAUGGUGAAGGAUCAUUGUGAUGUGUUCUUGGAUUCAAUGCUUAAGAAUUUUAUUGAGUGUUUUUGCAUUGAUAUUCAUGAGGGAAAUUGGUCUGAAGUUCUCCUUCUUUGUACAGUCUUUGGGAAGUUUUAUUUUAAAAUGCAGUUCAAUACAGUUCAGCUCACCUCGGUCAUAGCUGUUGGAUUGACCUUGAGAGGCUGAUACAAUGAAGUUUAUUUGUACAUGUUUCAGAAAGGAAAUUUGAAAACAAGCUUCCUGGGUGUAACUAACUCAAUCCCAUGUGUACAGAUGUGACUGCAUGGAUACUCAUAAACUGCAAGUGACAUCUUCCAUAAAGUUAGGAGCUGUAGAUUAACUGAGGAAGCAGGUUAAAGAUGAAGAAACUCAUAAUGAGGGCCUGGGAGAGGCCUGUGGUCUAGAUUGAGAAAAGUUCAAGAUAAGGGUCUGGGUGACAACUCUGGCCAGGCCACACAGGGAGCCAAGGCUACUAACACAUUCUCUCUCAUCUUUCUGGGAUGAAAACAAAAUAUAUGUCCCUCCUUUUGAAGAGACAACUUUGUAUGCUUAGCUUUUAUGGCCCCCUGAGGCUUACUUUGAGCACAAGGACCUCCUACAAACUUACAUAGAUAAAAAUUUUUAAUAAAAUUAAAAAUACAUUAAGACUGAUAGCAUAAUUACAAAGAAUAUUUUCUGAGGAUAUUGCUUCUAUGUGUUCUGACUCUGUGGAAAAUUCUGCCAAGCAGCACUCCAACACACCCAGGUGUGUGUGUGUAUGUGUGUGUGUGUGUGUGUGUGUGUGUGUGUGUGUGUGUGUGUGUGUGUGUAUGUGUGUGUGUGUGUGUAGCCCAGGCUGACCUUGGCCUCUAGAUCAUCCUUUCUUGGUCUCCCUGAUGAGAAUUACACAAAUACAAACAGGCACUGGACGACUUAAUCAGACUUAAACAUAUUCUCAAGCAGGUCAUGAGGUUAUCAUUUGCUUCGUCCUCAGAAGUUCUGAUAUUCCUCUUCUUUUAAUUUUAGUAAUCCAUGAAUAAAACUGUACAGAUAUGUUGUGAGAAUACAUGUGUAAAGGCAAUGUCCAUGCAUUUAUGCUCGUGUGCUCCUAUGUGUGUAGACAGGUGGGGUCCAUGUGUGUGUGCACGCAUGUAGAACUCAGAGAUUGGUGCCAUGUAUCCUUUUUGAUCUCUUUCCAAAUUCUUUACAGAAGCAGACUCUAUCACUGGACCCAGAGCUUGCUGACUAAGCUAGGUUACCUAGCCCCUUUAAGACAGAAUCUCUUCUCUGACUCUUGCACUUAGAUUACAGGCUGGCUGCCGUACUUGUUAGGUAUAUUGUGGGCACUGGGAUCUAAACUGCGGACUUUAACCCUGCACAGCAAGCGCUUGACCCUCUGAACUGCCUUCCAAGUUUGCUAAUGUGUUGUUUGUUUGUUUGUUUGUUUGUUUCUUAAGACAGGUUGGUUGUGUAGUCCAGACUGCCUUUGAAUUCACAGGGACCCACUUGCUUCUGUUUUCCAAGUGCUAGAAAUAAAGGAAUGAAUCACCAUAGCCAGGAAAAGUACUGAUUUUAAACUAAGAACUUUAUUGUAGUUAAUUUCAAACACAAAUUAAGAGCAGAUGGCACAGAUGUUUAAGCACAUGGAUGCAAGAAUAAUCUAACAGCUCAUAUCAUUUCAUCUAUGCCAUUAAACUUUCUUUUCUUAUUUUAUUUUUUAUUUGCUUGUUUGUUCCUGUGGGUAGGAGUCAAACCUGGUCCCUCUGCAAGAGCAACAACUGCUCUAAACCACUGAGCCACCUCCAGCUUCUAAUAUCGCUUUUCUUUGUGCUGUCUUGUUUUUAUGAGGCUGGAUCUGGUAUGGUAGAUAAAGCUAGCCUGGAACAUGACAGCAAUCUUGUUGCUUCAGACUUAAAUGUGUCUGGAUGGAGGUGCAAUCCAGCACAUGGUAUCAUUUUUGUCAACUUGACAUUAGAAGUGCCCAAAAUCUUGAACUCAAUAACAAGUAGGACUUACCCUUGAUUCCUUCCACUACUCUUGUGUGUUUGCAGUUUUUGAUGUCAUCUCUCAGAAUUUUGCUUAUUCAUCUGUAAAUCAAGUGGAAGCAGGUUGUAAAUUUUUGGAAGUACAUAGACAGGACAAGUCACAUUGAGGAUAUCCCCAUGCUAGGUUUUGAAGUCCUGUCAUGAAUCAUCUCUGAGAAAGGGAUGGGGAGUAUAAAGAAAGCUGUUGGAGCUGCGCUCAAGGGUCUAUACAGUUUCAGAACUGUACACAUCACUGUGGACUGCAAGGCACAAUUCCCAAGGAUGUGGGUUAUCUGAGGACGGGUAUCCUUCAGCCAUGGAGGACUACACACACCCCCAAUCUAACUUUUAUCUCACUGAACCUUACACUGUAUAUUUUACAGGAUUGAACCAGACCCUGUAAUGCCAGUUACUCCCAGGGCUGCCUAUAGGCAAAUGAGACAUAAGACCUAAGUGGUAAGUAAUCAAAUGUGAGGAAGAGAGAACUUUCCCUCAUACAGUGCCAUGACUUCAUUUUCUGUGCUGAGGGGAUGAAGAGUGGGAACCAAAUCUUCAACCCUAAAGGCUUAGAUCAGUCUCAAGGAAUUCUCUCUGGGACUUCACACAGAUUGCUUCAUCCUCAAGUUCUGACUGUGAGUUUAGAAGAUAUGUUGCACACUUGUUGGUCAAGGGGGACCAAGAGCAGACUUAUACAACUCCUUUACACUGGUAUUUAAUGAGAUACUUGGGGACUCUAUCCCCAGUGGGACUUCAUGCUGCAGAAAAUAUCUUAUUCUCCUGGACCUCCUUCUGACACGGAGGUCUGGAACAGUGAUCAUCUACUCUUCACCUUCUGAGAACCUAACCAUUUUCCCAAGAUUUUCCAAGCCUUAGAAUAAUGAACACUAUUACCCAACACCUCCAAGGUAAAAGUAAUAGAACUGGCAUGUUAACUAUUUUCAGGGUAUUAGAGAUGCCAAUGUUUCUUCUGCAACAUGUGCUGCUCACUCUCUCCCAUAGAGGAGGAAGCAGCAGGAGUCACAGGACCACCAGUUGGAGCUUGAGAUCAAUAAAAUAACUAGCUACUCCUCUUUUCCUGUGAGCUUCUAAGGAGUGGAAGGAAGACGGGAAAUGUUACCAGAUACAGGUUAGAAUGAUGUGCAUGAAUAUUCGUAUGUUAUAUCCAAUAAAAUUAAUGAGACAAUCUAGGAAACUAACACAGCCUAAAUCUCAAAUUUGUAAAUAGAGUACAUGUAAAUUAGGAGUGAAUCUUAAUUCAUAAACUCUAAUGCAGGAUUAAUGUGAACCUGGUUAUAUCAUCCAAACCUGAAAAUGGCCUUCUGACUUCGGCUUCUCCUUUCUGUAGCUGGCCUCAGGCUCAUGAGCAGCACCAACCAGUCCAGUGUCUCCGAGUUCCUCCUCCUGGGACUCUCCAGGCAGCCCCAGCAGCAGCAGCAGCUCCUCUUCCUGCUCUUCCUCACCAUGUACCUGGCCACUGUCCUGGGAAACCUGCUCAUCAUUCUGGCCAUUAGCACAGACUCCCACCUACACACCCCCAUGUACUUCUUCCUCAGCAACCUGUCCUUUGUGGAUGUCUGCUUCUCCUCCACCACUGUCCCCAAGGUACUGGUCAACCACAUACUAGGGAGUCAGGUCAUUACCUUCUCUGGGUGUCUCACACAGUUGUAUUUCUUCUGUGUGUUUGCUGAUAUGGACAAUUUCCUUCUGGCUGUGAUGGCCUAUGACCGAUUUGUGGCCAUAUGCCACCCUUUACAGUACACAACAAAGAUGACCCAUCAGCUCUGUGCCCUUCUUGUCAUGGGGUCAUGGGUGGUAGCCAAUCUGAACUGUCUGUUACACAUACUGCUCAUGGCUCCCCUCUCGUUCUGUGCAGACAACAUCAUCCCCCACUUCUUCUGCGAUGCAACUCCCCUCCUGAAACUCUCCUGCUCAGACACACAUCUCAAUGAACUGAUGAUUCUUACAGAGGGAGCUGUGAUCAUUGUCACCCCAUUUGUCUGUAUCCUGAUCUCCUACAUCCACAUCACUUGUGCUGUCUUGAGAGUCUCAUCCCCCAGGGGAGGAUGGAAAGCCUUCUCCACCUGUGGCUCCCACCUGGCUGUGGUCUGCCUCUUCUAUGGCACCAUCAUUGCUGAGUAUUUCUCCUCUUCAUCCCCUCACUCAGCUGGGAGGGACAUGGCAGGUGCCAUGAUGUACACAGUGGUGACCCCCAUGCUGAACCCUUUCAUCUACAGCCUGAGGAACAGGGACAUAAAAGGAAUUCUAAGGAAAGUGCUUAUCCUGAGAUUUCCAUCCAAGCAGUAAUGUUGAAAGUGUAGAACAAUACAGAGAGAAAUAUUGUGUGGAAUUCUUCAUGUUUUGUCAAUUAUAUGAAACUUAGCAAUUACCUUUUGUAAGAAAAGUAUCUAUUAUCUCUACCAGAUACAGAACACAUAAUACAAAUCCUUUAGGUAAAAGAAUGAAAAAUUCUUCAACAAAUUUUGUUAUUUGCAUUGUAAUUUCAAUGCCUUGGCAGAAUGCACCAUGAGCACCUGUGCACAAUUUUGGGCAUGUGUGAGGAGUCUCAAUGGGACAACACUGAAAAGCGCGUAAUGGUAAGCUCACAACUGGGUUGGGUGUUGGAAUUGACUCCUGCUCCAGAUGGAAUGUGGUUUCUAAGUUGGAACAAUUCUAAAUGGCUUUCUUCAUGAUGUUCACUACAAGACUGGGCUCUGAAUGGCCAAGCAGCAGCAACAUCCACACACCUCCAUCAUUUUCAGGGCAAUGGGCAUGCUGCUAUUUUUUUUGCAUCAGCAGAUCCUCUGAUCUUGUAUUCAGUUGUGCUUACAACAUCUUGUGCUGUCGCUGUAUCAGACACCUAUAUCUGCUUCUGACAGUCUUUGCGAUGCUCUGUGUCCCUUGGCACAGUGCCAGCAUCCAACUUGGUAUAUCUGGGCCACCUCUGGUAAACCACAGAUGUUUGUUCUUUCUCACCACAGAGACCUCAGCCUAAACCAAUCUCACAGGAAGAUCAGACUUUGUGUGUUGAGAAGGGAGGGUUUGGAACUCCAGGAAACUGUACUUCUGCAGCUCAUUUGGACUUACGAUGUUAUUUUUGAUAUCUGGGCACUAUACAGCAUCUAACAUUGAGCAGCACGUAUGUCAAUUAAUAAAACUGAUCUGUGCCUUCUACAGUUCUAGUGUGCAGACAGGACAGCCCCUCUGCCCUCUUUCCCUGCCUGUGUCAGUGUUUGCUGGUGUACUCAUGUAGCAACUGCUUUUUUGUUUGCUUUGAGACAGUCUCAAUGGACAGGCCUGACUGUCCUUGAAAUUUCAAUUAGCAAAAACAAUUUAUGAGCUUUCAAUGUUCAUUUCAUAAUAUAACAUUUAAUGUUAGUGACUCUAACUUCGUUGUGCUAAGCUUAUGUAUUUGUAUUUCUAUGAUUUUCUUUUCAAUUAUAAUGAAAAUAUUCAUUCCUUUUACUUUUAACAUUUCAUUUUUCUUUGUUUCUUUCUAUUUCACUGUCUGUUUGUCUCCCUGUCCCCCCACCCUCCUUAUCUCCUUCCUUUCCUCCAUUCAUUACUUCCUUUCUUUCUUUCACACACACCAAUUUUGUGCUGUCAUAUACUCUUAUGUGUAUAUCUGAUGUGUAUAUACCUUCCACUGGACUGUGGUUGAGUUAAGGUGAUUACACUCUUCAUGAAAACUGUCUCUUCCUUUCCUAGUGGCUAACAUUUAUCAAGAGCUCCACAGCUAGGAACAAGCAGUGAGACUUCAUACCCACUUCCUCAGUUUCUUGUGUCUAGCUUCUGCUUAUACAUGUCUCAUGUAUUUUGUCACUCCACUGUGAACCCAUGUGUGUGCAGCUUGUCCUGUAAGACAUCUACCACCUCUAGUUCUAACAUUCUUUAUGGUUAAAGUAGGUAAGACUUCUGAGAUGUAUGGAUUAUUUUUCUCAAAGUAAUUUGAGACAACUUCAGACAUUUUUUUUCUAAAAGCAGUUUCCCCACUCCUUACUGUCUCUUCCCUGUAGAAUCCUGUUCUGUAACUGUCUGGUAGCACCACCUGCCUUCAGCCACCCUCCAUUGUCCUUGGCUCUUCCUUCCUCUGUGAGCCUCAACUUGCACUGUUCCUCCCUCUGUCUUCUGGUUUGCUCAGUCUUUGCUCUUCCAGUGCAAGUCUGCUGAGGGCCAAUGACGAGCUAUAUACUUUAUCAGGAUCUCCCUGAUUAACUAAUCUCCGCCUGAUCACUGCUUUUCUCACAUUUGCUUUUUCCUGAGUCUCUGUUUGAGGUGGCAUUUUUGUCAAACUUUCCUUUAGCUCUGUUUUACACUUGGUUGCUUUUUAUUUCUUUACUGUGCAUGUUUCCUGGGCAGGGUGUAAGUCUGCCUGGUUAGUCUACACAGUGAGUUCCAAGAAUGUGUGUGUGUGUGUGUGUGUGUGUGUGUGUGUGUGUGUGUGUGUGUGUGUGUAGAGGGAGAGAGAGACAGAGAGAGAGAGACAGAGAGAGAUCAUUAUAUCAAUACAUAUCAAUAUUUAUCAAUAUUAAUAUUGAUGGUGCAAAUAGGGAAAAAUAUUUGAAGCCACAGAAAACCAAUUCUACUAUUCAUUUGAGCUAAUGAUUUAUCUUCUCAUAAACAUGUGUGACAUACAAUAUUAAAGAAGGAAAAUGGUUAAUUGAAAGGGAAAUGCCUUCUACAAUUCCAGUAUCCACCAUGUCAGUCACUUGUACUCUUUAUCCCUUUCUGUCAUACCUAUGUUAAUGGGCUCAGAUAAUUUUACUCAAAUAGUAUUCUACAUCUAAGCCUUCAACAGUUAGUUUAUAAAACAGGCUUUCAAAAAUUAGUGCAAGUCUUUGUACCCUUAUUUUUAUUGAUUUUAUGUAUGUCCACCCCUUAGUAAUUCUAUGUCUCUUUUAAAACUUAAAAGUAUACCAUGCAUUUUGAAAUUUAUUUUGAAAAUGAUUAAUAAGGCUAACACGGUAUCACAGGCCUACAGUACCAGCACUGGGGGGCUGAGGGAGUAGGAUCACAAGAUUGUAACCAGACUAGGUUAUAUUAUAGAUUAUGGGCCAUGGGCUGUGCUGUGAAUUUCUGUUUUUAUGAACAAAAUAAAAGAAAAAAAUAAAUUUGAAACACAAAAUAUAUUCUCAUCUUUUGUUUCCUUUUAUUUAUAUAUUUUGGAAUAUGUUUAUUUACAUUUCAAAUAUUAUUCCCUUUCCCAGUUUCCUAUCCAUAAGACUCCUAGCCCAUCCACCACCCCCUUCUUCUAGGAAGGUGUUCCCCCUUCCCAAACACACCCCCUACCUGCUUCCCCACACUAACAUUCCCUCCCCUACACUGCAGGGUUCAGCCUUGGCAUGACCAAGUGCUUCUCUUCCCAUUCAUGCCCAACACAGCCAUCCUCUCCUGCAUAUGCUGCUGGAGCCAGGCUUCUAUCCAUGUUUAUGCUUUGGGUAGUGGUUUAAUCCCUAGGAGCUCUGAUUGGUUGAUAUUGUUCUUAUGGGGUUGCAACCUCCUUCAGGUCCUUCAAUGCUUUCCCUAACUCUGCCAGUUGGGACCCCAUUCUCAGUUCAAUGUUUUGCUGCUGGCAUUUGUCUCUGUAUUUGUCAUGCUCUGGCUGAGCCUCUCAGGAGACAGCUUUAUCAGGCUCCUGACAGAAUGCAAUUCUUGACUUCAUUAAUAUUAUCUAGUUUUGGUGAUUGCAUAUAUAUAUAUAUAUAUGUAUAUAUAUAUAUAUGUACACACACACACACACACACACACACACACACACACACACACACAUCCGUCUCUGAAUGGCCAUUCCUUCAGUCUCUGCCCCAAACUUUGUCUCCAUAUCCCCUCCUAUGAAUAGUCUUGUUCCCCAUUUUAAGAAGGACUGAAGCAUCCACACUUUGGUCCUCCUUCUUCUUGAACUUCAUGUGGUCUCUGGAUUUUAUCUUGGGUAAUUCGAACUUUUGGGCUAAUAUCCACACCAUGAUGAUGUGAGUGCACACCAUGUAUGGUUUUUGAUGAUUGGGUUACCUCACUCAGGAUGACAUUUUCCAGUUCCAUGCAUUUGCCUUUAAUUUCAUGAAGUCAUUGUUUUUGAUAGCUGAGUAGUACUCCAUUGUGUAGAUGUACCACAUUUCGGUAUCCAUUCCUCUGUUUAAGGGUAUCUAGGUUCUUUCCAGCUUCUGGCUAUUAUAAGGCUGCUAUAAACAUAGUAGAGCAUGUGACUAUGUUGUAUAUUGGAGCAUCAUCUGGGUAUAUACCCAGGGGUGGUAUACCUGGGUCAUCAGGUAGUAAAACAUCUAAUUUUCUGUGGAACCUUCAAACUGAUUUCUGGAGUAGUUGUAGCAGCUCACAAUCCCACCAACAAUGGAGGAAUGUUCCUCUUUCUCCACAUUCUCAAAAGCAUCUGUUGUCACCUGAGUUUUUGAUCUUAGGCAUUCUGCCUCGUGUGAGGUGGAAUCUCGGGGUGGUUUUGUUUUGCAUUUCCCUGAUGACUGAGGAUGUUGAACCUUUUUAGGUGCUUCUCAGCCAUUCAAUAUUCCUCAGCUGAGAAUUCUUCGUUUAACACUGUACCUCUUUUGAAUACGAUUAUUUGUCUUUGGAGUCUAACUUCUUGAGUUCUGUGUAUAUAUUGAAUAUUAACUCUCGGGUGUAGGAUUGGUAAGGAUCUUUUCACAAUUUGUUAGCUGUUUUCACAAUUUGUUUGUCCUAAUUACAGUAUCCUUUGCCUUACAGAACUUUGCAGUUUUAUGAGUUCCCAUUUGUCAAAUCUUCAUCUUAGCACAUAUGCAAUUGGUGUUUUAGUCAGGAAAUUUUCAACAGUGCCCCUGUGUUCAAGUCUCUUACCUACUUUUCUUUUAUUACUUCGAGUGUAUCUGAUUUUAUGUGGAGGUCCUUGAUCCACCUGGAGUUAACCUUUGUACAAGGCAAUAAGAAUAGAUCGAUUUUCAUUCAUCUACAUGCUGACAUCCAGUUGAACCAGCAUGAUUUGUUGAAAAUUCUAUCUUUUUUCCACUGGAUGGUUUUAGCUGCUUUGUCAGAGAUCAAGUAACCAUAGGUGUGUGGGUUAAUUUCUGGGUCUUCUAUUCCAUUUAUUUACCUGCCUGACUCUGUAGCAAUACCAUGCAGUUUUUAUCACUAUUGCUCUAUACUACUGCUUGAGGUCAGGGAUGGGGAUUCCCCAAGAAGUUCUUUUAUUGUUGAGGAUACUUUUCACUAUCCUGGAUUUUUUGUUAUUCCAAAUGAAUUUUCAAACUGCUAUUUCUAACUAUAAAGAGUUGUGUCGGAAUUUUGUUGGGGGAUUGCAUUGAAUCUGUAGAUUGCUUUUGGCAAAGUGGCCAUUUUUACUAUAUUAAUCCUGCCAAUGCAUGGGCAUAGGAGGUCUCUUCAACUUCUGAGAUCCUCUUCAAUUUCUUUAUUCAAAGACUUGAAGUUCCUGUCAUACAGAUCUUUUGCUUGCUUGGUUAAAGUCACACUGUAUUUUAUGUUAUGCAUGACUAUUUUGAAGGGGGUCAUUUCACUAAUUUCUUUCUCAGCCUGUUUAUCCUUUGAGUACAUGAAGGCUACUGAUUUCUUUGAGUUAAUUUUAUACCCAGCCACUUUGCUGAAGUUGUUUAUCAGGCUUUCUACUUCUCCAGAGGAUCUUUUGUGUCACUUAAGUAUAUACCAUCCUAUCAUCUGCAAAGGGUGAUAUUUUGACUUCUUUCUUUACAGUUUGUAUCCCUUUGACCUCCUUUUGUUGUCUGUUUGCUCUGGCUAUGACUUCCACUACUAUACUGAAUAAAUAGGGAGAGAGUGGGCAACCUUGUCUAGUCCCUGAAUUUAGGAAAUUGCUUCAAGUUUCUCUCCAUUUAAUUUGAUAUUGGUUACUCGUUUGCUAUAUAUUGCCUUUACUAGGUUUAGUUAUGGACCUUGAAUUCCUGAUCUUUCCAAGAGUUUUAACAUGAAGGGGUGUUGAAUUUUGUCAAAUGCUUUCUUAGCAUCUAAUGAGAUGAUCAUAUUUUUUUCCUUUGAGUUUGUUUAUAUAGUGGAUUAUGUUGAUGGAUUUCAUAUAGUCAAAUCCCUGCAUCUCUGGGAUGAAGGCUACUUGAUGAUGAUGGGCAAUCAUAUUGAUAUGUUCUUUAAUUCAGUUUACAAGAAUUUUAUUGAGUAUCUUUGUGUUGGUAUUCAUAAGGGAAAUUGGUCUGAAGUUCUCUUUCUUUCUUUGUUGGGUCUUUGUGUGGUUUUGGUAUAAGAGUAAUUGUAGCUUCAUAGAAGGAAUUUGGUAGUGCUCUGUCUGUUUCUAUUUUGUGGAAUACUUUGUACAGUAUUGGUAUUAGGACUUCUAUGAAGGACUGAUAAAAUUCUUCAUUAAAUCCAACCGGUCCAGGGCUCUUUUUGGUUGGGAGAGUUUUAAUAUCUGCUUUCUGUUUUAGAAGAUAUAGGGUUGUUUAGAUCUUUUAUCUAUUCUUGAUUUUACUUUGGUACCUGAUAUUUGUCUAGAAAAUUGUUCAUUUCUUCCAGAUUUUCCAGUUUUCUUGAAUAUAGGCUUUUGUAGUAGGAUCUAAUGAUUUUUUUAAUUUCCUCAGAUUCUUUUGUUGUCCUUUUCAUUUCUGAUUUUGUUAAUUUGGAUACACUCUCUGUGUCAUCUACCUAGUCUAGAUAAGGGUUUAUCUAUCUUGUUGAUUUUCUCAAACAACCAGCUUCUGGUUCUGUUGAUUCUUUGUAUAGUCCUUUUCAUUUCUACUUGGUUGAUUUCAGCCCUGAGUUUGAUUAUUUCCUGCCUUCUACUCCUCUUGGGUGUAUUUGCUUAUUUUGGCCUAGAGCUUUUAGGUGUGCUGUCAAGCUGCUGACAUAUGCUCUCUCCUGUUUCUUUCUUCAGGCACUCAGAGCUAUGAGUUUUCCUCUUAGGAUGACUUUCAUUAUGUCCCAAAAGUUUGGGUAUGUUUUACCUUCAUUUUCAUUAAAUUCUAAGACGUCUUUAAUUUCUUUCUUUAUUUGUUCCUUUAUCAAGUUAUCAUUGAGUAGAGUGUUAUUCAACUUCCAUGUAUAUGUGGGCUUUCUGUCAUUGUUGUUGUUAUUGAAGACCACCCUUAGUCUGUGGUGAUCUGGCAGGAUGCAUGGGAUUAUUUCUAUCUUCCUGUAUAUGCUAUGGAUUGUUUUGUUACCAAUUAUAUGAUCAAUUUUGGAGAAGGUACAAUGAGGUGCUGAGAAGGUAUAUCCUUUUUAAGGAUGAAAUGUUCUAUAAAUAUCUGUUAAGACCAUCUGAUUCAAAACUUCUGUUAAUUUCUCUGUUUCUGUUUAAUUUCUGUUUCCAUGAUCUGUCCAUUGGUGAGAGUGGAAUGUUGAAAUCUUCUACUAUUAUUUUGUGAGUUGCAAUGGGUGAUUUGAGCUUUAGUAAUGUUUCUUUUAUGAAUUUAGGUGCCCUUGCAUUUGGAGCAUAGAUAUUUAUGAUUGAGAGUUCAUCUUGAUGGAUUUUUCCUUUGAUGAAUGUGAAGUGUCCGUCCUUAUCUUUUUAAUGACUUUUGGUUGAAAAUUGAUUUUAUUCGAUAUUAUAAUGGCUAUUCCAACUUGUUUCUUUGGACCAUUUGCUUGGAAAGUUGUUUUCCAGCCUUUUACUCUGAGGUAGUGUCUGUCUUUGUCUCUGAGGUAUGUUUCCUGUAUGCAGCAAAAUGCUGGGUCCUCUUUACGUAUUCAGUCUCUUAGUCUAUGUCUUUUUAUUGGAGUAUUGAGUCCAUUGAUGUUAAGAGAUAUUAAGAAAUAGUCAUUGUUGUUUCCUGUUAUUUUUAUUGUUGGAGGUGGAAUUAUAUUGGUGUGUCUCUCUUCUUUUGGCGUUGUUGCAAGGAGGUUACUUUCUUGCUUUUUCUAAAGUAUAGUUUCUCUUCUUGUGUUGGAGUUUUUCAUCUCUUAUCCUUUCUAGGGCUGGAUUUGUAGAAAGAUAUUGUGUAAAUUUGGUUUUGUCAAGGAAUAUCUUGGUUUGUCCAUCUAUGUUAAUUGAGAGUUUUGCUGGAUAUCGUAGCCUGGGCUGGCAUUUGUAUUCUCUUAGGGUCUGUAUGACAUCUGCCCAUGAUCUUCUGGCUUUCAUAGUCUCUGGUGAGAAGUCUGAUCUAAUUCUUAUAGGUCUGCUUUUAUAUGAUACUUGACAUUUUUCCCUUAGUGCUUUUAAUAUUUUUUCUUCAUUUUGUGCAUUUGGUAUUUUGACUAUUAUGUGACAGGAGAAAUUUCUUUUCUGGUGCAAUAUAUUUGGAAUUUUGAAUGCUUCUUGUAUGUUUAUAGGCAUCCCUUUCUUUAGGUUGGGGAAGUUUUCUUCUAUAAUUUUGUUGAAGAUAUUUACUGGCCCUUUCAGUUGGGAGUCUUCACUUUAUUCUAUACCUAUUAUCCUUAGGUUUGAUCUUCUCAUUGUGUCCUGGAUUUCCUGAAUGUUCUGGGCUAAGAGCUUUUUGCAUUUUACAUUAUCUUUGAUGGUUCUGUCAAUAUUUUCUAUGGUUUCUUCUGCCCCUGAGAUUCUCCUUUCUAUCUCUUGUAUUCUGUUGGUGAUGCUUGAAUCUAUGAAUCCUGGUCUCUUCCUUAGAUUUUCUAUAUCCAGGGUUGUCUCCAUUUGUGCUUUUUUAUUGUUUCUACUUCCAUUCUUUAUCCUGGACAGUUUCACUCAAUUCCUUCACCACUUUGGUUGUAUUUUCCUGUAAUUCUUUAAGGGAUUUUUGUGUUUCCUCUUUAAAUGCUUCUAUUUGUUUACUCAUGUUUUCCUGUAUUUCUUUAAGGGAGUUAUUUGUGUGCUUCUUAAAGUCCUCCAUCAUCAUCAUAAAAUGUGACUUUAUAUCUAAAUAUUGCUUUUUCAGGUGUGUUAGUAUAGCCAGUAUUUGCUUGGGUGGGAGAGCUGGACUCUGAUGAUGCCAAAUAGACUUAGUUUCUGUUGCUUAGGUUCCUGUGCUUGCCUCUUGCCAUCAGUUUGUCUCUGGUGUUAGCAUGUCUUGCUGUCUCUGACAGUGGGUUGACCCUCCUAUAGACCUGUGUAUCAGCAUUCCUGUAGACCUGUUUUCUUUUAGCUGAUUCUGGGAACAGAGAGCUCUGCUCUCAGGUGUGUAGGUGCUCCUCUUGACUGGCUUUCAGCUCUAGGAAUAGGGAAAAACCUGAACAGUCCUGCCCCUGACUGCUCCUCGGUCCCUGUGCCCAUGGGACAAAGAUGGCACUAGGUGAUUUCCUCUUGGGUCGGAAUGUGUGCAGAGAGUAGUCUCCUCUGAGUUUUCAGGAGUGUCUGCACUGCUGAGUGUCCAGCUCUCUCCCCAAGGAGAUUUAAGUACUGAGAGCUAUACGACUGGUUCAGUUCAAUUCUGGGCACAGGUUGGACCCACGAGUUUCCUGCUCCUGACUGCUCCUGUAUUCCUGUAUCCAGAAGCUCUAUGCAGUUUCCUCUUAGGCAGGGAGGUGAGAGAGGUGGGCAGAAGUGAAGGACUGUCCUGGAGUCUAAGGAUUGUCCUAACUUCUGGGUGUUCAGCUCUCUCCUCCACAGAAUUUGGGUCUGUAUCCCAUUUUUAAAUAGGAUUAUUUGAUUCUCCAAACUCUAACUUCUUGACUUCUUUGUAUAUUAGGUAUUAGCCCUCAAGUGUAAGAUUGGUAAAGAUAUUUUCCCAAUUUCAUGGAUGCCUUUUUGUUCUAGUGACCAUGUCCUUUGCCUUACAGAAGUUUUGAAAUAUUAUGAGGACCCAUUGGUUGAUUCUUGAUCUUAAAGCAUAGCCAUUGGUAAGGAAAAUUUCCUCUAUGCCUAUGUGUUCGUGGUUAUUCUUGACUUUCUCUUCUAUUAGUUUCAGUGUAUCUAGUUUUAUGUGGAGGUCUUUGAUCCACUUGGAUGCGAGUUUUAUAAAAGGAGAUAAAAAAGGAAUGAUGUGCAUCUUUCUACAUGCUGAACUCCAGUUGAACCAGCACCAUUUGUUGAAAAUGCUACCUUUUUUCCAAUGGCUGGUUUUAGCUCAUGACCAUGCAUGUUUGGGUUCAUUUCUCAGUCUUCAGUUCUGUCACUAAUCUUAUCUAACUGCCUAUCUCUGUACCAAUACCAUAUAGUUUUUAUCACUACUACUCUGUAAAACAUCUUGAGGUCAGGGAUGGCAAUUCUCUGAGAAGUUCUUUUAUUGUUGAGAAUAGUUUUCACUAUCCUGUGUUUUUUGUAUUCCAAAUGAAUUUGCAAAUUGGUCUUUCUAACUCUAUGAAGAAUUGAGUUAAAAUUUUGAUGGAAAUUGCACUGAAUCUGUAGAUUGCUUUUGGCAAGAUCAUCAUUUUUACUGUACUAAUCAUGCUAAUCCAUGAGCAUGGGAAAUCUUUCUAAGAUUAUCUUUGAUUUCUUUCUUCAGAGACUUGAAGUUCUUGUCAUACAAAUCUUUCCCUUGCUUUGUUAGAGUCACACAAGGUAUUUUAUAUUAUUUCUGGCUAUUGAGAAGGGUGUCGUUUCUCAAAUUUCUUUGUUGGCCUGUUUAUCCUUUGAGUAUAAGAAGGCUACUGGUUUGUUUGAGUUAAUUUUACAUCCAGCGACUUUACUGAAAUUGUUUAUCAGGUUUAUGAGUUGUCUGGUGGAAUUUUGGGGUCACUUAUGUAUACUAUCCUAUCAUCUGCAAUUAGUGAUAUUUUGACUUCUUCCUUUUUAAGUUGUACCUUUUGACCUCUUUUUGUUGUCUGAUUGCUCUGUCUAGGACUUUGAGUAUUAUAUUGAAUAGGUGGGGAGAGAGUGGGCAGCCUUGUCUAGUCCCUGAUUUUAGUGGGGUUGCUUCAACUUUCUCUCCACUUAGUUUGAUGUUCACUACUAGGUUGUUGUUUAUUACCUUUACUAUGUUUAUGUAUGGGCCUUGAAUCCCAGAUCUUUCCAAGACUAUUAUCAUGAAGAGGUGUUGAAGUUCAUCAACUUGCUUCUCAUUACCUAAUGAGAUGAUCACGAGUUUUUUGAGUUUGUUUAUAUAGUGGAUUGUGUUGAUGGAUUUCUAUAUAUUGAACCAUCUGUGGAUCCCUGGGAUGAAGCCUACUUGAUGGUGGUGAAUGAUCAUUUUGAUGUUUUCUUGGAUUCAGUUUUUGAGAAUUUUUUGAGUGUUUGCAUCGAUAUUCAUGAGGGAAAUUGGUGUGAAUUUCUCCUCAGUACAGUCUCUGGGAAGAUGUUUUUAAAAUGCAGUUCAAGGCCCUCACAGAGAGCUCAAAAGCAGAUGCCCAGGAGUCACUUCAGCCGAGGGACCACAGGUAAAACCAACUUUUCUGCUGUAAGGGACCUGCCUGGUAGACUCAGGACAGAGAGAGGCAAAAUUCCUCUGGAACCAGAUACUUUUGGUUUUUAGCUGGAGCCCCAACCUCACUGAUCCCUGCCCACAGCUCACUGCUCCCAAACCCCUUGAGAGAGAGAGCUUACCGCACAGACAGGUGGGCACUCCUGAGACUGCAGAGCGGGAAAGACCCCCAAUACUGCCCACCCCUUCCCAUAUCCCUGGCCCAAGAGGAAACUGUUUAGGGACUCUGGGAACCAGAAGAUAGGGGCACUCAAGCGGCAGGUCCCCUGCGGUCCAGACACCACCCGGAUCUGAAGGAAACCGAUCAAAAAAUCCUGCACCCAAAUCCCAUGGGAGGGAGAGCUAAACCUUCAGAGGGGCAGACACACCUGGGAAGCCAGAAGAGACUACACUCUGCCCACAUUACUGACUCCAGAGGAAAGCAACUAACGCCAUCUGGGACCCUGGUGCAUGGGGGCCCCGGGAAAAGGUGGUACAGGCCCUUCUGGUUGCUGCCCUCAUGGAGAGCUCAAAAUCAGUCACCCAGGAGCCACUUCAGCCACCAGACCAUAGGUACGACCAACUUUUCUGCUCCAAGCGACCUGCCUGGUGGGUUCAGGACACAGGACCACAGGAACAGCUGAAGACCAGUAGACAGGAAAAACUACACGCCCGAAAGCAGAACACUCUGUUCCCAUAACUGGUUGAAAGAAAACAGGAAAACAGGUCUACAGCACUCCUGACACACAGGCCUAUAGGACAAUCUAGCCACUGUCAGAAAUAGCAGAACAAGGUAAUGCCAGAGACAACCUGAUGGCCAGAGGCAAGCCCAGGAACCCAAGCAACAGAAACCAAGACUACAUGGCAUCAUCAGAUGUGGAGAGCUACAAUAACAUUCGCCACCACAGAUGGCGCUGGCUUCCACUGCGCCCCACGUGGAAAGCCGGGAUAGCUUUGCCAUUACAAGAUGGCACUGGCCUCUGCCACACCAGCCAACUUCUUUUCAGGAAGUUAACUGUGUGCGCAUGUGCAAGAGUGCCUUCGUGCCCACUCCGGGGCGUGCCUAAUGAGAUCAUGGGUAAGCGACCAAUCAGGUGUGGAUGCACCGCGCUAGGGUGUAUAUAAGCCAUGCCAUGUCGGCGCCCCUGGCCCUCUCUUUAAGAUUCAAUAAACAUUUAGCUACAGUAAGA